CGAGCGCGCGGGAAUCCAAAAGAGCUUCCGCAGCGGCAGUCUUGGGGGCUCCCAUCUGGCAGUCUUCCCGCAGGCACUAUGAGCUGCCUCACCCUGCCCACCGUGCUGCCCGGCCCCCCCUGCAAGGCCGGGGGGCAGAUCCAGGUGAUUCUCGGACCUAUGUUCUCAGGAAAAAGCACUGAGCUGAUGAGACGCGUCCAGCGCUUCCAGAUCGCCCAGUACAAGUGCCUGGUGAUCAAAUACGCCAAAGACACGCGGUACAGCAACUUGUUCUCCACGCACGACCGGAACACCAUGGAGGCGCUGCCCGCCUGCCAGCUCCGGGACACCACCCAGGAGGCCCUGGGCGUGGACGUCAUAGGCAUCGACGAAGGGCAGUUUUUCCCUGACAUCGUGGAGUUCAGCGAGGCCAUGGCCAACUCGGGGAAGACCGUGAUCGUGGCUGCCCUGGACGGGACCUUCCAGAGGAAGGCUUUCGGAGCCAUCCUGAACCUGGUGCCGCUGGCCGAGAGCGUGGUGAAGCUGAACGCCGUGUGCAUGGAGUGCUUCCGCGAGGCCGCCUACACCAAGCGGCUGGGCCUGGAGAAGGAGGUCGAGGUGAUCGGAGGAGCAGACAAAUACCACGCCGUGUGCCGCCUCUGCUACUUCCAGAAGGCCGCAGGUCAGCCGGCCGGGCCGGGCAACAAAGAGAACUGCCCGGGGCUGGGGAAGCCCGGCGAGGCCAAGCUCGGGGAGGCGGCCGGGACCAGGAAGCCGCUGGCCCUGCAUCAGAUCCUGCAGCACAUCCCGGCCAACUGAGAGCCCGGGGCCGCCGGCGCCCCCUGCUGGACGCCUGUCCCCUGCCCCCCCGCGGCCUUUCCGAAGGAGGAAGAGGAAGUCCGGCCCGGGGACGCUUCACUGGCUGUGGGCUUCCUGCGUCUGCAGGGCCCUGCGGGCUGGUGCUCCACAGACUCGCUCCCCUCCUUGCCUGUCCGCUGGCGUUUCUCGGUUCCCUUCCCGGCUGCCGGUCCGCUCACGACGCACUCGGGGCUGGAGCCGUCCCUGCCCUGUGGCUCGGGGUCUGGCCUUGGCAGACACCGCUCCUUCUCCUUUGGGGUGAGGGGCCGGCCGGCCACACGCUGUUGUGACAUCGGCGCUGCUGGCUUCCUCCCCCUUGCGGCUUUCGCUGCUGAGUUUCUGUUCUCGCUGGCAAGUCCCGGCAUCAGCAGCUCCGGCUCAGCGCCGGGUCCCGUCCACACGCA